AUGUCGGCCUAUAUCAGAGGUCCCAUUUGUGGCGUUGGUAAUUGUCCCUCUCGAUUAUGGCGUAUAAUUGAUGGUAGAAGAACAUGUCAAUACGGGCAUGUCAUGGAAGGUGAUGUAGAAUUCAACGAUGAGGAUGAAGAUGCUACUAAUGCAGGUGUGGUAACAAGAAGAUUAAAUCUAACAACCGGUGCCACGGGUAAUUUCCAAUCGAGUUUUAACUCAUCUCAGUUACAGAAUUCACAAAAUGAAGAAGGCGGUAAAAAGAUAUUUGGACCUGAGGCAAGAUUAUUAUUUAUAAGAUCAUUACAAUUUACGCUCAAGAGACAAUCUAGAUGGUUAAUCGAGGAGCAAAAGUUGCCCCAAGAGUUUGAUAAAUUGGUAAAGAUAAUAUGGAUGAAACUUUUGAAAUCUUUAGAAAAUGAUGAUAAUAAUGAUGAAUUUGGCGAGCAAGAAGAUGGACAAACGUUCGAUUCCAAUGAGGACCAAGAUCGUUUCCAUGAAUUAGCGAGAAGGAGGAAAGAUAAAAAUCGCUAUCGGCUGAGUUUGGUGUCCACUCUAGCUAUAUUGUACAUGUCAAGCGUUCAGUUGGGAAUACCAAUUUAUACAUGCGAUCUAAUCAAAUGGACUAUGUCUGGCAGAUUACCCUAUUUCAAAUCAAGUGAAAAGUUACCAGAAUCUUGGAGAGUUCAAUUGCCUAAUUACUAUCUUGGAGUCUUGGAAGGUGGGAAGGGUCCACAAGAGGGUCAACUAUUUACACAUAUUGCCCGACUGUGCACGAAGACGGAUUUCAUCAAGGAAUUUAACCACAGGGUCAAUUACGAGUGUCUCAUCUUUAAGCUUGUGCUUUCGAACGUUUUACCGCCAGAAUUUUACCUAUUCGCAAUUCAAUUGAUUAGAACUACCUCUGAAGGACAUGAUUUUGAACUAAACCCAGAUACUAAACCCCAGUCAUGGAUUGACUUACAGAUAACUGCAUAUUUUUUACUGACCAUCAGAUGGGUGUUGAUGUACGACACUGAAUCAUACCAAGUGAGAUGGAUUCAUGCACUUAUACAGCGACAAAAAAGACAAGAGGUUAGUACGGACACCAUUGACCAAAAUAUCCUUAAACUUUCACAAACACAGAAACCUACUCAAAAAGUCUUUGAAUGGACAGAUGAAGAGAUGGCCCAGUAUUUAUCAUGGGCAGAAGAGGCAUUCUUACCACUACAAAGAAACGAUGAAAGGCUAAAAAUCGAUCAAAGAAUUGCAAAGAGAAAAUUGCACAAGUUGUUCCCACUUGAGUCAGAAACCUUCAACACGACAAGUUCACAAGUCUUCCAAAGUAAACCUUCAUUUCUCAAUGAAUUACAGGAGCGAUACGCUUUUUUCCAGGGACAAUUCGAAUCCACUGACCACCGCCGAGAGGAACAACGUGUAGAAGACGAUCGUAUUAAAGCCAUAAACUCGUUUGAAAACCUUAUAACCCAGGAACUCGUUACAGAAUUCUCUAUUUCACUACAACAACUAAGACUAGCCAUCAAGAAUAUCUCACACCGAUGCUUCCAUCGCUUAAAGCAAGAGUUAAACGACAAACAGACAAGUACAACCGCUGAUGUUGAAUGA